CCCAACUCUCUCGCAUAUCCGGACAUAAGUCUUGCGCUGCGCGAUCGCCUUUCCUCCUCUCCACACCGUUAUCCAUUCCAUUUAGAUCGCCCAUAUACUUCAAAAUGUUGAUCAAAGUCCGUACACUCACCGGCAAGGAGAUCGAACUCGACAUCGAACCCGACUACAAGGUCUCCCGGAUAAAAGAGCGUGUGGAAGAGAAAGAAGGCAUCCCCCCUGUCCAGCAACGGUUGAUCUUCGGAGGCAAGCAAAUGGCCGAUGACAAAACCGCCGCAGAGUACAACCUUGAAGGUGGCGCGACGCUACACUUGGUUCUCGCGCUUCGUGGUGGCAUCUAAAUCGAAUGCCACGAGAGGGGGGCAGAAUGAACUGAACAGAUACAAACCCCCUUUUGCCAUGGCUGUGCGCGAGUGUUCUCUGGAGAAGAAUUGGGCUCCCCAGCUUCCUGACUCAAACGUCCUAGCAUCGUCAUCAAACCCAGCAUCUCUCCCCUGUGUUGAUGUUUUCGGAACUGGAUUCCUGGGAUCAUAUCUCGUGCGAUUGUUACCCAGGCUUUUCUUCCAGGCGUACAGAAUCGGAGUGCACACAGGUCGCGCUUUUCAACGACAGUCUUGUCGAUGCCAUACGAUAUUGAGGUCAGCAGUAAUGGAUUGAGCGCGUUCCGGUUCGCGAGUCAGUCGCGUCCGGUCUGGUGCUAAUGGAGAAAGAAUCGAGUAUCAAUGAAGUUCAUAAAUUCGAG